AUGUCUCCGUUCAACCUCGAAACCUGUGCCCGGCCCAACAUCCUGGCGCUGGAGCCGUACCGCUGCGCUCGGGAUGACUACAAGGACGACGGGACCAAUAUCCUCCUGGAUGCCAAUGAGAACGCCUACGGGCCUGCAUUAACGGCCUCUGCCGCAUCGGCUGCGAAGUCGGGGUCCGGCCCCGAGAUCGACUUCCUGGGCCUCCACAGAUACCCCGAUCCUCACCAGCGGGAUCUGAAGCAGCUCCUGUGCAAUCUGCGGAAUACCCACCACCACACAGACAAGGUCACCACGCCGGACAACCUGUUUGUUGGUGUUGGCAGUGACGAGGCUAUCGAUGCCCUGAUACGGUGCUUCUGCGUGCCGGCACAAGACCGCAUUCUGGUCUGUCCACCUACCUACGGCAUGUACUCGGUAUCGGCACAGGUGAACGACGUGAGCCUGGUCAAGGUGCCGCUACUGCCAGCACCCACCUUCGGCCUAGACGUCCCCAAAGUCAGCGAGGCGCUCUCGGACGAGCAGAACCACAUCAAGCUCGUCUACCUGUGCUCGCCCGGCAACCCGACGGGCUCGCUGAUCGCCAAGGACGACGUCCGCCAGGUCCUCGAGCACGCGUCCUGGAACGGCAUCGUCGUCGUCGACGAGGCCUACAUCGACUUCUCGCCCGACGGCGCCUCGCUCGCCGAGUGGGUGAGCGAGUGGCCCAACCUCGUCGUCAUGCAGACGCUGUCCAAGGCCUUCGGCCUGGCCGGCAUCCGCCUGGGCGCCGCCUUUUCGCCAGUGCCCGUGGCGCGCCUGCUCAACAGCCUCAAGGCGCCCUACAACAUCUCGAGCCCUACGAGCGCGCUCGCGUCGCACGCCGUGUCCACCGACGGGCUGGCGACCAUGCGCGCCAACAUGCGGAAGCUCGUCGCGCAGCGCGAGCGCCUCAUCGCGGAGCUGCCGCGCGUCCGCGGCGUCGGCCGCCUGCGCGGAGGCGUCGAGAGCAACUUCCUGCUGUACGAGAUGCUGAACGGGGACGGCAAGCCCGACAACGCGACCGCGCUGAAGGUGUACGAGAUGCUGGCGGAGAGCAGGGGUGUGGUCGUAAGGUUCAGGGGCAAGGAACACGGGUGUCUGGGUUGCCUGCGGAUCACGGUCGGUACCGAGUGCGAGGUCACGCGGUUCUUGGAGGCGCUGGGAAGUGCGCUGGCCGAGGUCAACGGGCAUGCGGUUGCUGACGUGCCGGCGGAUGAGGAGAAGAGGGAGGAUGAGGCUAGUGGGGUUGUUGCGUAG